GGCAUUCCCGGAGCAGGAGGGCGGAGCCGCCGCAGAUCGCAAAGAGCAUGUGGACGCUCGGGCGCCGCGCGGUUGCCAGCUUCCAGCUCCGCUCGGCGCUCCCGGGCUUCGCCCCUACACGCACCGGGGCCCCGCGGCCGGCGAAGGACCCCUCGUUCUCCGGCCCCCGGGGCCUGCGCAUCGGAACCGCCAAGGCCCGCGCGCGCAGCCGGUCCAGUUUGAGCCUCCGCUGCCUCAACCAGACCCUGGAUGUCAAAAAGCAAAGUGUCUGCUGGAUAAAUUUGAGGACAGCGGGAACUUUGGGUGAUGCUGGCACUUUGGACGAUACCACCUAUGAAAGACUGGCCGAGGAGACGCUGGACUCCUUAGCAGAGUUUUUUGAAGACCUUGCAGAUAAACCGUACACGUUUGAAGACUAUGAUGUCUCCUUUGGGAGUGGUGUUCUAACAAUUAAACUGGGUGGAGAUCUAGGAACCUACGUGAUCAACAAGCAGACUCCAAACAAGCAAAUCUGGUUAUCUUCACCAUCCAGCGGCCCCAAGCGUUACGACUGGACUGGGAGAAACUGGGUAUAUUCCCACGAUGGUGUGUCCCUCCACGAGUUGCUGGCCACAGAGCUGACUCAAGCCUUAAAGACCAAGCUGGACUUAUCUGCUCUGGCCUACUCUGGAAAAGACACUGGCUGCCCAACCCAAUGCUAAAGACAUGAAAAGCUCUAAAGCCAAGACCCCAGCCUUGUUCUGCAGCUGAAUGGCUAGCUUUUUCCGUUCCUGCCUUUGAGGACAGUUGCAUUGUAUGUAACAGCUCUGUGAAAAGACUGUGUCGCCUUCCACCCUGCCCCGAGUUUAGAUUUUUAAUUUCCAUAGAGUUUUUUUCUGAAUGUUUUGUCUGAUUUCCUCCCUCACGUGAUAGCCCUUAUGUUUCAUAAUGUCUGUAUGCCCAUACCUUUAUAUAUAAACUCACAACUAAGAAAAACAAGAAGGAUAAAUUCUAGGAGGAGAAAUAAAUGGGCUUGACCAUUCAUUCUUUGAAGGACUUACUACAAAAACUGCAUGAAGAGUAUUUGGCCAACCUCAUCAUACUAUCUCAAAAUGAGACUUAUUAAAGGGAAGCCUAAAAUGUUCCUCCUCCUCUUGAAAGUGUAAACACUUCUAAGCCCUUUAGUACUGAAGCAUCAGUGGUAACUCAGGAACUGUCAAACGAAGACUAUUUUCUCUUUGUGCUUUGUGACCCAGGGUGUGAUGGGGCAACACAGGAAGUGUCUUCCAUAUGUGCAUGUAUAUGCACAUACACAUUUACGUGUGUGUAUACAUAUUUUUUUUUAAGGAUCAGUAUAGCAUAAGCUAUUGAAACACAGGUCAGAGUAUGCAAAAAGUCUCCCAAAGACCGGGGGGAGGCGGGGAGCCAUCUCCCUAAACUCAUGGCUAUAGUAUAAUAAACGAGGUCAUGGAGCUAAGGAGGUGCUUGGCAAAUUGUGAAAGCCCACAUAAAUGAAAAGAUGUUGGUGUAGCAGAAUAAAACUUAACUCUCAA